CAAUCACAUCGCUAGAAUCUUCCAUUAUAAAUCCGAAGCAGACCUAACGUUAACCCCACUCCACAAACGAUUCUUGUUUCUAUAGCUGAAGGUUCUUUGGAGCACUUUGAAAAUAGAAUUGCAAAAUACAAUAAAAAAUUCGAAAUGGCUGCUCGUUCGGUUCUUAGAUAUUUGCAAUCAAAAACAGUGAUACAUCAGAUACACCGUUGUGCCUCCCAAUCCGCAUUUGAAAUCCAACAUAAAACUCCUACAAUAAAAAAAACCAUGCCAAUACCAAAAGCUCAUUAUGGUGGACGACACACGGUUACUCUUUUACCUGGAGCUGGUAUUGGACCUGAGUUAAUGGGAUACGUGAAAGAGGUUUUUAGGUAUGCAGGUGUACCUGUAGACUUUGAAGAUAUUGAUAUCGAUCCUAAUGCUGAUAAUAAUGAUGAUUUAGAUUAUGCAAUCACGUCAAUUCGUAGAAAUGGUGUAGCAUUGAAAGGGAACAUAGAAACUCAUAGUACUGAAGCUGAUGUACUUUCUCGUAAUGUUGCCCUCCGUAAUGAAUUAGAUCUUUAUGUAAAUGUUUUACAUUGUGUUUCUUAUCCGGGUGUUAACUCACGGCAAAAAAACAUUGAUAUUGUUAUUGUUAGACAAAAUACAGAAGGAGAAUAUGCUAUGUUAGAGCAUGAAAGUGUAAAUGGAGUUGUUGAAAGCAUGAAAGUUAUUACUAGUUCUAAUUCUGAACGAGUAGCACGUUAUGCAUUCGAAUAUGCUAAACGAAAUGGAAGAAAAAAGGUCACUACAGUUCAUAAAGCUAACAUAAUGAAGCUCUCUGAUGGAUUGUUUUUAGAAAUAUCACGAGAUGUUGCUAAAGAUUAUCCAGACAUAGUUCAUAAUGACAUGAUCAUUGAUAAUACUUGUAUGCAAUUGGUUUCUAACCCACAUCAAUUUGAUGUUGUACUUACUACAAAUUUAUAUGGAGCUAUUGUUUCCAAUGUAGUUUGUGGUCUAUUAGGUGGAGCAGGAUUAUUAGCUGGAAAAAAUUAUGGCGAUCAUUAUACAAUCUUUGAACCAGGUACUCGUAAUACUGGCACGAGCAUUGCUGGAAAGAAUAUUGCAAAUCCUAUUGCUAUGUUAAAUGCAGGAGUCGAUAUGUUGCGUCAUUUAGGACAUAAAGAUCAUGCUAUCUUAAUUCAAAAUGCGAUAAAUAAAACUAUUAAUCAAGGAGUACAAACACGUGAUCUUGGUGGUCAAGCUACAAGUAGGGAAGUUGUUGACACCAUCAUGAAACAUAUUAAAAUAGCAUCAGAUUAAGUAAUUCUAAAAAUAAUUGAAUAAGUAUUACCUGUAGAUUCUUUGUAUAAAAUGAAAGAACAAAUAAGCUUCUAAAGCAUAAGGAUACAGUUUUAAUUCUAAUGACAUCUUGCUUGUGUCUGAACAGUUUUGUAUAAUAAGUUUUAAUAUAAUGAAAUAAAUUACCCAAAUACUAGACAGUUAAUUCUGUUUAUAGAAUAUGACUGUAAGUCAAUAUUGUGAAUAAUUCGUAUAUUUCAUUAUCGUCGUAAAUGAUACAACGUACCAUUAAGUAAUAUGGUUUACUUUAUAACUAAAGUCAUGUAAAAUAUAUUUUGUAAAUAAUCUUGUUGAGUCUAUGAAACAUGUAAGUGAUCAAUGAAAUAUUAAUGUUAUAUACACCACAUGUACCUAUA